AUGCCUCACUUCACCGAUCUCCCUCCUGAAGUCCUCGCUCUCAUCGGAGACCUCAUCGACACCGACACAACAAAAAAGCCUCUCGUCUCCGUCUCCCGAUUCUGCCGCCAGCACUUUGGUCAUCUCCGCUGGCGACAUCUCAGGCUCGCCCAUUACACCUCAUGGCACUUCGUAAAGUACCUCAAGCCCCAUGCCCAUUCAGUUCGCUACUUGCAAUUUGAAUGUGGCGUCCACAAGGGCUUCUACCAGGUCGACUUCCCAGGUCUCGUUACCUUCCAAUACCACUCCUUGGAAAAAGACAAGAAGAACAAGGACGUGAUUGGGUCGCUGGAGGACUUUAUCUCGCGCCAUAGGACUAUACGGGACCUCACCAUCAUUACACUGGAGACGGGAAUGAGCCACCACUUUUGGGAGACCGUGUCAACUUCGUUAUUGAACCCGAGGCGACUCAAGUUGGACGGAGGGUUGUACGGGGGCGCUGUCAAAAACUUCAUGUACGGGCCAGAAUUUUGGCACGCAUGCAGUCGGUUCGAGGAGGUUAUUUACAGGGGUUGGGAUCAAUCGGGCUCGCUGGAUCUCGGUACUGUCGACUUUUCUCAACUCAAAAGCCUCGACUAUGCGACCGCGGCAACGCUUCUUCCAAUCUAUGCGGCAACGCCUGUUCCAACCGAUGCGGCGAAAAUCUGGAGGUGGAUGGGAACCUGUUCAAGCCUGACACGGCUCCGCUGGCGAACCAACAUUUCGAUCGAACAACUCGCGACUGUUACGGAGCGCCCGCUCUGGCCGCACUUGGAAGAUUUCAGUCUGGAUUAUGUUCGGGGGUCAGAAGAGGAUUUUGCUGCUGUCGUUCUCAUCCACCUGCCGCCUUUGAAGCGCCUAACGAUCUUGAUGGGACCCAUUGGACCGGUGUGCUUCGGUAUUCUUCAGGAACGGCACCUCGACAGCUUGCAGACAUUAUCUCUGACCGGCACUGAAAUGAUCACAAGCAGGAUGGCGUUGGACAUUUUGAUCCAAUUCCCACACUUGGUUGUGUUCGAGGCAGAUCACAUUGACUUGAGGGACUUUCGUUCGACUCCUCAGCCUUGGGUGUGCCAAGGGCUGAAGCGCCUUCGAGUGACCUUUGAAAGUGAUCCCAGUGACCCUGGUGUAGACACCUUGUUGCUGGAACAGCUAUCGAAACUGGUGCACCUGGAGGAGCCCUACGUCACGAAUUGCCUGAGCCAUUUUGGGUUCAUUACUGGUUCAGAGACCACGACACCUUUACUUUCUUGGAAGCUGGAUUCUGGACUUGGUCGACUUUCUACGUUGACGCGACUCAGAGCCUUUAUAUGUAGAAGAUCAGGACGGGAUUUGGAGGUGGAGGAUAUUGAGUGGAUGAUGGAUCAUUGGCCGUCGCUCGAGACUCUAUUGGGACACUUUUCGUCGGAUUCGACUGUUCAGGAGAGCCUUAUAGCGUUAAUUCGUCAGAGAGGGAUUCACACCUCGUAA